AUGUACGAUAUUCGUAGCGACAAAUCUGAGCAAUCUUUGCUCGAGAUGGUCAGGCGAAGCAUCCGCUCAGAGCCAAAGACUAUGCCGACACUCUUGCUUUACGACGAGAAAGGACUUAAGAUUUUCGAGGAGAUCACCUAUCUGGAUGAAUACUACUUGACCAAUGCAGAGCUGAAUUCUCUCCAUAAUCAUGCAGAUACUCUUAUCGAGCACAUCCCAGCUGGAGCACGCAUCAUUGAACUUGGAAGUGGCAAUCUGAGAAAGGUCAGGAUCUUGCUCGACGCCCUCGAACGAGCCCAGAAGGACAUUGACUACUUCGCGCUCGACUUGUCGUACGAUGAGCUAAAAAGGACGUUUUCAGAAGUUGAUACAUCUCACUUCAAACACGUAAAGCUCAACGCUUUCCAUGGAACGUACGACGAUGGCCUCGCGUGGUUAUCCAGGCCAGAGAACAAGGACAGGGUCAAUAUCGUCAUGACCUUGGGGUCGUCAAUCGGCAAUUUUGGAAAGGCUGACGCUGCGAAAUUCCUGCUUGGAUUCAGUCAGGCGCUCGGUCCAGCAGACCUCAUACUUGUAGGUCUUGAUGCUACAGACGACGAAGAUCGUAUUUUCCGUGCGUACAACGAUAAUCGAGGCGUGACUGAACGCUUCUAUCGCAACGGCCUUGUACACGCCAACAAGCUUUUUGGCUAUGAGGCCUUCAAGCAAGAUGAGUGGAUUGUCUUGGGAGAGUACCUCAAGGAUGAGAAUCAACAUCGUGCAAGCUAUGUUGCCACGAAGGACAUUCUGAUUGAUGGGAUUGAGAUUAAGAAGGGUGAGAAGUUGCAAUUUGAGCUGGCCAACAAGUUUCGCGAUGAUCAAAGCGACGAGAUCUGGCGCGAGGCAGCCCUGAUACCUACUGCAGUCUAUACUGACUCGGUUGGCAAGCAUCAACUGCAUAUUCUCAAGCCAGCGAAACUUGCUUUUGAUACUCGGCCAGACUUGUAUGCUCCAACCCCUGUGCCUGCUGUUCGUGAGUGGCAGCAGCUCUGGACUGUCUGGGAUAUUGUCACUAGAUCCAUGGUACCACGGGAUGAGUUGAUGAACAAGCCUAUCCAGCUUCGCAAUAAUUUGAUCUUUUACUUGGGCCACAUCCCUACAUUUGCCGACAUUCAUUUCACCCGUGCGACUGGGCAAAAGCCGACCGAUCCGAGCUACUACUACCAGAUCUUUGAGCGUGGUAUAGACCCGGACGUGGACGAUCCGACACAAUGUCACAGUCAUUCAGAGAUACCCGACGAGUGGCCGCCGCUUUCGGAAAUCCUGCAAUAUCAGCUGCGAAUUCGCAAUCGGAUCUUAAAGAGCAUCGAGUCGGGCUACGCUGCCAAGGACAGGAAAUUGGCACGAGGUCUCGUGCUAGCAUUUGAGCACGAGGCCAUGCAUCUUGAAACUUUCUUGUAUAUGCUGCUGCACAGUGAAAGGAUCCUGGCACCUCCUGGCGGCGCUGUUCCUGACUUCAAGGCUAUUGGAGAGACCUCUGGACUUGCGAGAACUGAGAAUCAGUGGCACGCAAUUCCCACGUCCAAGUUUGUGAUUGGAGCAGAUGAUCCAGAGAACAGUGAUCCUCCCGAGCGAUAUUUUCUGUGGGACAACGAGCGUCCAGCAAGAGUUGUUGAAGUGCAGAAAUUCGAGGCCCAAAGCCGACCGAUCAGCAAUGGUGAGUAUGCCAGGUUCCUAGAAGAUACUGGGAAGACAGCCUUACCAGCAUCAUGGGUCAAGAGGACGCCGCCGUCCAAUGGUCAUGCCCGCGACGAAGGCCAUACCUCCGACGGUACAAAUGAAGUAGUCAGUGUCUCUUUUCUAAAUGGUAAGGCUGUUCGCACUGUAUACGGUCCAGUACCAUUGGAAUUCGCACUGGAUUGGCCAGUGAUGGCGUCGUAUGAUGAGAUUGUUGCUUUCGCAAAGUGGACUGGUGAUGGGAAUAGAAUACCUACCUUCGAAGAGCUCAAAAGCAUCUACCACUACGUGCAUAAGCAAGAACGUUUGGCGGAGAAGACACCAAGCACUCUGGUUCCAGCGGUGAAUGGUCACCUGUCGAACGAUGGAGUUGAGGAGACACCGCCACAGCACGAUUUGUCGCACGGGGUUGGCGAGCCAGCCAACCGCAACCUAAACCCGUAUGAUCUUUUCAUCGAUCUCAAAAGUGCUAACGUCGGCUUCAAACAAUGGUACCCAUCUCCUGUCACUGCUGAUGGAACGCGUCUUCGCGGUCAAAGUGAUGUCGGUGGUCUCUGGGAGUGGACCAGCACCUCUUUCGCCGCUCAUGAUGGCUUCGAGGCGAUGAAUCUUUAUCCUGGAUAUUCCGCCGACUUCUUUGACGAGAAACACAACAUCUGUCUUGGCGGUAGCUGGGCCACGAUUCCUCGCAUUGCCGGGCGGAAGAGCUUCAUCAAUUGGUAUCAGCGUAACUACCCGUUCGUCUGGUGCACUGCUCGCCUCGUGCGGGACGUUGCAUGA